AUGGCGGUGACAGACAUCAUUCUCACUCCCUGGACAAUACCCAUCGCCCUUCUACUCUUCUUCGUUGUCCCUUACUUCACUUCCAACACAGAAUUGGGAGAUAUCCCAGGUCCAUUUUUUGCCAAGUUCACAAGACUAUGGUUGAUGCUCCAGGCUCGACAAGGGAAGAGAUAUCUUAGCGUUGAUGAAGCCCACAAGAAGUAUGGGAAGCUUGUCAGGAUCCAGCCAGACCAUGUUAGUGUAGCAGAUGAGUCUGCUAUCCAGGAAAUCUAUGGCCAUGGGAAUGGUUUCUUGAAGUCUGACUUCUAUGAUGCUUUCGUCUCAAUUCAACGAGGUCUCUUCAACACAAGAGACAGAGCAGAACAUACACGGAAGCGGAAGACAAUUUCACACACCUUCUCCACCAAAAGUAUCGGUCAAUUCGAAACCUACAUGCAUCAAAACCUCGACAUCUUUGUCAGACAAUGGGACACACUAAGUAACAAUUCUCACGGCCAAUAUGCCAAAAUCGACUGCCUCCACUGGUUCAACUACCUCGCGUUCGACAUGAUCGGUGAUCUAGCAUUCGGCCAACCCUUCGGCAUGCUAGAGAAAGGCAAGGAUAUCACCGAAAUCAGAAUGACGCCCGACGCACCCAUCAGCUAUGCCCCAGCGGUCCAAGUCCUGAACCGCCGUGGUGAAGUGUCUGGAACCCUCGGCUGUCUCCCGCAGCUCAAGCCAUAUGCCAAAUACCUUCCCGACCCAUUCUUCAGCCAAGGACUUGAAGCUGUCCAGAAUUUGGCUGGUAUUGCGGUGGCACGAGUCAGCCAACGGCUAGAUGGGAAGCAAGACCCUGGCCGUGUUGAUCUCCUCGCGCGACUUAUGGAAGGCAAAGACGAGAAAGGCGACAAGCUUGGCCGCGAAGAACUCACUGCCGAAGCACUCACUCAGUUGAUCGCCGGCUCCGAUACAACAUCAAACACUUCCUGUGCGAUCCUUUACUGGGUGUGCAAGACCCCUGGUGUGUUAGAGAGGCUGCAGAAAGAGCUCGAUGCUGCCAUCCCAGAGGGUCUUGGUAUGGAUGUUCCAACAUUUGAAAUGGUGAAGGACUUGAAGUAUAUGCAGAAUGUCAUCAAUGAAACUCUGCGCAUUCAUUCUACCUCCUCACUUGGCCUUCCUAGAGUUGUGCCUCCUGGAGAAGGCAUCACGAUUCUAGGCCACCACUUCCCAGCUUACACCGUGCUCUCCGUACCAGCAUACACAAUCCAUCAUUCAAAGGAGAUCUGGGGACCCGAUGCGGAUGAGUUCAAUCCUGAUCGCUGGAACGAUUUGACAGAUAGGCAAAAGAUUGGGUUCAUUCCCUUCAGCUAUGGCCCGAGAUCUUGUGUUGGACGAAACGUGGCGGAGAUGGAGUUAGCGCUCAUUGUAGCGACUACUUUCAGGCGAUACGAGUUUGAUCUUUACCAGAACACGCUGGAAACCAGAGAGGGUUUCUUGAGGAAGCCAUUGGAGUGCAUGGUAGGGAUCAAGAAGAGGAAGAAUAUCUGA